AUGGCUUCCAACGCUUUCGCAGCCGAUACCUCUCCGGGCUCAUCCCAAGCAACAUCCCCCGGUUUCCGACAAGCACUCAAGGGUGAUGGCUCGCAUAGGCAAACCUCGCGCAAGCAUCUUACGCAUACAGGCUAUUUCGAUGAGCCAGUCUCUCCUGCUGCCACUGAGACUACCGCUGCCACCCCGUUCAGCCAUGGGAUGAGCAGUGUCCGGUCGCCUCUGUCGAUAGCAAGCGCAUCAUCGUGGUCGAAUGACUCAAUUCACGACAUCGGUGGCACCAUUGGCCAGGGCUUCAAGAAAUCACAACCCGACUCCGUCUCUCGCGAGCAAGCGGGUGACCUGGACAUCGCUACGCCAGCUUCAGCUCAUCUCGAGGAGCCACGUUUGCCCACAAUUCAGAUACAGGAGCCAGUGGAUCCCUUGCGGCCUUGGUUAGGAACCACCCCAGUUCCGUCGAGCAGGGACCAUGAUGAGGACGAGGUGCAAGAGGAUUACGGGGUACAGACUGCUGUAGCGGUACAAGUCCUGCCAUCGCUGCCGUCAUCGAGUCAACACGUCGAUUCCAUCGAGCCGCUUCAGCGGCCGCAUGAGGGGAAUCCACUCGACGCUCAUUUGCUCCACUUCAACACAGCCCAAAACGCCCCCAGACCGCGGCAAGUCGACGACAAGCAAGGCAUACUUCGAAAGAAGGGCAAGCGGAAGCUCCUGACGCAGAAGUACAUAUUUUAG